UGCGCCGGAAAUGAAAACCAUCAAAAGGAGGCGUUGUCCACCCAAAUUUAUGCAAAAAUAUAAACAGCCUAAUUGACUGUUUUGUCAUAUCGUCUUGCAAUAAGGAGUCAUUGCAUAAUACUCUACUGAAUGUGGGAGGGAAUCAUUGCUGACAAUACACCAACGUGCACGCCAUCAUUUGAUUGAAAGCUCCUCUUCCACAGUGAUGGAGACGGAUGGGGACCAAAACCAAGGCUCUACCAACGGAACCACUCCAUCGGGGGUGAACUCCCGUCCCUCGCAAAUGAACUCCAUGUCCCUGUACGAGAGACAGGCUGUGCAGGCCCUUCAGGCACUGCAGAGACAGCCCAAUGCCGCACAGUAUUUCCAGCAGCUUAUGUUGCAGCAGCAGAUUAACAGUGCCCAGCUACAGAACCUGGCUGCCGUACAACAGGCCACACUAGCUGCCAGUCGCCAGUCCAGCCCUUCCACCAACAGCACCUCUCAGACCACCAGCACUUCAGUCACAUCUGUGAAUGUAACCACUUCUGGAGGAGGGGCCAUAACCACCACCCGCACUAUUGGCCCAGGCUCUUCUGCAACGUCCACUAUCAGCCAAUCAGUGCUGCUGGGCGGGAGCACAGCUGGACAGGGACAGAUGUAUCUGAGAGUCAAUCGAUCUCUGAGGUCUCCCCUCUCCUCCCAGUUAAUCUUCAUGCCCAGUAGCACGGCAACCGCUGCCGUGGCAACAGUCACCCAGCAACCGCAGACUCCGCACCAGCAGCAGCAACAGGAAGUUCCGCCUACUUCGUCCAGCAACCAGUCGGAUAUUGAUCAGGUGCAGAACCUGGCUCUGAGGGGUGUCUCCAAUCCGAAGGCAGUUGGGGUCAAAGCUGAAGUCUCAGACCGAGCAACCUACUCCCUUAUCCAGUCCUCUCCGCAGCAGUUCCACCAGUCUACUCCACAGUCUCCCAUUAAACCCAACCAGCUCCAACAGCCCCACAUCAAGAUCCCUACGUACACCCAGAGCUCCAACGCCAGCCUGUCUUCUCUGAACCUCAAGACGUCCAACCACCAGUCGAACCACCCCUCCUCCCCGUCCACCUCCAUCCCCCUCUCCCAGCUCCUCCUCUCCGGACCCAAAUUUGGCCGGGGCGGAGCCGUCACCACGGCGGCCUCCGCCUCCGCAGCGACUCACAUUCUGGUGCCCACCUCCAGUGCGCCCGCCCAUGGCAGAGGUUACCAGAUGGGCGGCGCCACCAUCAAGACGAAUGGAAGCGCUCAAACUCUGGUCGUUCAGCCGCUGCAGAAAAGUGCUGUCAGUGCUAACGACAAAGGAGGUCAGGGGAACGGUCCUGUUCCGAUCCAGCCGAAAACUCAACAGUCUCUCCGCAUGCCCCUACAACUUCCAUCGCGCAACCCACCUCCAAUCCUUCCCGCUCCCCCCGCCAGUACCGCCCAGCCUCCGCCACACAUCCCCGUCCAGAUAGUAGGGGCCAGGCAAAGCUCCGUAGGAAACCCCCAGGCUUUGGCCUUGGUCCAUGCCCGGAACGCCUGUUCCCAUGAGGGGGCUACCAUUCUGAGUAGCUCCAGCAGCGCCAGCCUCCUGACCAUGGUGGCCUCCAUUGCGUCCAGAGAGGGAGGGGUGAUUGGCCGGGGGGCGAGUCUGAAGAGCCUUCAGUCAGCCCAGGAACCCCUCCCAUUGGCCCAUAUCUCCCACGUGCAGGUUCAAGCCAAUCAGAGCCCCGCGGUGAAUCCCAGUCCAAAUUGCAGCUUGGCCACCAGCGCCUCCUCUCAGCCCCGGGCCGUCAGCUCUCCUCCCGCCCUCUCCCGCUCCACCCUCGCUCUACCGCUGCCAUCUGUUGAAGCGAGCAGCACAUCCGCCGCAGUGGUCACCAACGGAGAGUCAACGUGUCCCCAGCCACCUGAGUCGAUGAAGAGGAAGUCCGACUCUAGCGCGGCCGACGACGAAGACGGCCCCCCACCUCCCCACCUUGUUCCAGUGAGGGAAAAUUCCCCCGUCCUCUCCUCCCCCGCUGUGGAAGCAGGCCCUGGUCCGCUCUCCCCCUCCCCCUCCCCCGCUCCCACUCCUUCGGCCACCCUCCCUUUGACCCGCAUCGUGAGUGGCCACGGGGAGAGGGCUCCCCCUCCACAGGCCGUGGUCAAACCCCACGUCCUGACCCACCUCAUCGAGGGCUUCGUCAUUCAUGAGGGAGCAGAGCCCUUCCCUGUGAUUGGUCCAGUAAAAGAUGCAACUGAUAUGGCCGCGGAGAAUCCAGAUGCCAGCCGUCCUCAGACUGUGAAUGUUGCAACAGUGCUCAAGUGUGAAUACUGUAAAAGCUUUGCUCCAGCCAGACAGUUUCGAGGCACCAAGCGCUUCUGCUCCUUGACCUGUUCCAAGAGGUACAAUGUGAGCUGCAGCCAGCACUUCCGGCUGCGUCAGGGGGGUCACCUCUCCCACUCUGACCAGGACGGUGUCCUGAGGAGGAGCGUGCCCCGUAGGACCAGCUCCCAGAUCGCCAGUGCCAAAAUAGCCGGGAGACCCUUACCGGCCAAGUGUCGCUCCGAAUCCAGCCGCUCGGACGACGUCUCCAGCUGCGAGGAGGAUGAUGAGGAGGAGGAUGAGGAGGAGGAUGACGAUCCCAUGUCCCUCUCCCCGGCCUCCUCUUCCUGCCACCAGCGCCCCCCCACGCUCCGUCUGGAGAGCUCGGCGUCACCCCAUUUCCUGCCCGGCAGCCCCACCCGGUGGAGUGUGGAGGAAGUGUCUAAUUUCAUAUCCUCUCUGCAAGGUUGCGAGGAGCUAGCGGCUCAGUUCCUGUCCCAGGAGAUUGACGGACAGGCCCUGCUCCUGCUCCGAGAGGAGCACCUCAUGUCCGCUAUGAACAUCAAGCUCGGCCCCGCCCUCAAGAUCUGCGCCCACAUCAACACCCUGAGGGACUGAGAGGACGGGCGACCGGAGACAGGGGUGCUAUUGAACCACUCCCAACAUAAGGAGGGGAAGACAGGAUGGAUAGAGAGGAGAGGUGACCAUAUGGCUGUUAAAAGACUUGGCUAACCGUUGAAGUCAACCCUGUUGAUUUGACUUUGUUUUGUGUGACAUUGACAGACAUAAAAAAAAAAAAAGAAAAGCUAGGCUUCUAGCCCUUAGGACGUGUACCUUAAAAGGUAGUGCCUGAGUGAGACGGUGAAUGAGUGAGUGCCUGGUUGAUCCUAAAUACGUGUUUAAUAUUUGCCUAUAUAUUUAAAUUGACCUUUGUUGGCUGGACGGCCAUUGUUUACACUGUAGAGAUUCAUCGCGUUUUUUGCUCUGUGGAAAUUGUGGCCUUUUUUUUAGGUAGUUACGACGAUUGAAAAAUGAUUACUAGGAUGGAGUAGUCUGUAGGGGGGGUGGGUGAGGUUUAAUAUCAUUCCUUAUUUUUAAGUGCACAUGUGUAUGGUACGGCCAUUUUCCGCGAUGAACCAUUGCCUUUGCCUACCAUCACCGAAGAGUAGCAAAUGUAUUGCCUGAGGGAUGGUGAAAAAUAAAGGGUGGCAUUUUUCUACCCACUGAAAUUAGGGUCAAUUAGGGCAACUGUUGCACAGGAUUGAAGUGAAAAAUACGUCCUUUUUUAAAUGUCUGUGAGGUAGAAGCAAUAAUCUAUGUAGUUCCAAAGUCCCGGGAAACACGAUCCAAGUGUUACCUUACACAUAGGCUACUGCAGUUUUCCUAACCGGUUUUAGAUUACAUUAGCCUUCUUGUCUAUUUAAAAUGCUAAUUUCUUUUGUAAAAUCUUUGUCAUUUUACACACAUCGAAAUGUACAGUAGUGGGGAAAAAAUGACAACAGGCUCAUGUUCAUUAAAACUGACUGAAACUGGUUCAGAGCUGCCUGAACUUGUCCAAUAAGAGAAGCUAAUUUUUUUUCUGUUGCAGCACAAACAUGACCCUGGACUGUUGUCUUCCUGUUAGUGUUCCUCAUCACUUCCUCGUUCCUAACCAAGGCUCUUGUUACAGUGACUGUGGCUAUUAUGAAUGAUCAAUAAUCUUCUGAAUACUGGCUCUGCUAAUUGUGUGUUUACGUUUUAAACUUGGACAAGGCACGCUCAAUAACAUGCAAAAAAAACCCAAUAAACUACUAUAGGACAACAUGGA